AUGCUCGAGUCGUUGCGGAGAGGCUUGAGGGGGUCGCAGGCCCUGUCCGGCCUGCAGCGCGCCUUCGCGACGCGCACAUCCAUGACUGACUUCGCGACGACGUCGGGAGCACCCUCGGACGUCUACACGCGCAAGGCGGUCAUCUACACGCCAGCCAAGUCCGCCGGCCAGUCUGCGCUCGGCAACACCCACGAGGGCGUCCGCGCCACCUGGAGGCUCGACUUUGACACCCAGGUUGCGUGGGAGAACCCGCUGAUGGGCUGGACGUCGACGGCGGACCCGCUCGAGGGCGUGCGGACGGAGAACGGUCUGGCGUUCUACACGAAGGAGCAGGCGGUGCGGUUCUGCGAGAAGUACGGGUUCGCGUACGAGAUCAAGGACCCGCGGCCGCGGUCGCACGUGCGCUCGCGGCGGUUCUGGGGGUACGGCGACAACUUCUCCGUCAAGCGGAAGGGCAUCCCCGAGGGGGGCCUCCGGGAGAACCUCCCCAAGGGCGGCGGCGCUGCGACGAAGAAGUAG